CAAGAGCCCACAACGUUGACAAGCGAACAAAAUGGCAGCAGCAGCAAAAGCAGCAGGAGAGGCGGCGGACUGAGAGAGAGACAGUGAGAUAGAGUGAGAUAGAGAGAGAGACACACACAGAGCUCCUCUGGACGGACACUCCGCGCGCUCACUCCUGGAUAUCAUCAGCCCUCCGCGCGCGCGACAGUUCUGGAAUAAGUCUCGGUGCGCGCGGCGGCUCGUUUUGUUUUUUAGAGCUCGCGAUCUUUAUUUGCACUUUAUUCUUCUUCUUCAUCUGAGCCGAGCAUCAGCAGCAGCAGCAGCAGCAGAAACAGCAGCAGCAGGUCUUCUAAUGUCAACAUAUUCAUUCAGUCAUUACUGUCCGCUCUCCUUUAUUAUUCUGCACCUUAGGUGUGACGCAAUAUCUGAGCAUUUGGCUCGUGCGCCAGUGCAGUUGGAACAGAUUUGACCUGGUUUGAGUUAGAAUUGAGGUUUUGUUGUGUUGUGUGUUGCAGUGCAGCGCGAGACAGAAUAGUCGGCUGGCUGUGUUGGAGUGCUGAGUGCGCUGGAAAAGCAUUGCAUUGCAUUGGAUUGCAUUUGCAUAUUUGUAAUAAAUUAAAGUCUCAGCUCUCUAAACUGAGAUUGACUUUAAUUUCUGGGCUAUAUUUUAAUUUAGCUAGGUUUGCACCCAACCUUUACCUGUCAGCCUUGGAUUGUUUUGCUUUGCUUUGCAUUGCUUAGCAUUGCAUUUAUGCAGCACUAGUGUGUUGUUAUUACUCUUACUGAUGUUACUGAAGUUACUAAUGUUAUGGUAGUCAAGUUCAUAAAAGGCUAUCUUCCUAAAGGUCAGAUUUAGGGUCAUUUUCAGUGCCCCCCCUUUCUUCUAGAUGAAGUGGAAGCCCUGAUCAGCAAGCACUAUAACCUCAGUGUUUAUUAUCACAAACACGUCUGAGUUUAUAUGGGACUCUCUCUUACUGCUGGCCAUUUCCUCAGAUCUGCCAGAUUAGAUUAGAUUACCUCUAAUCGUUGUCAACUUUACUUACGGGUAAAAUUUUUUGUUGUUUUUGUUACAAAAAAAAGCAAAAAUAAAAAAAGAAAGAAAACUUUGCCUUUCUGCUCCAGAAGCCUCCCAGCCAUGCAGACUGAAAGCUGCCAAAGCCUGAUUUGGAACUGCAAAGCUGAAGGAAGCUGAACCAUUUGAUGGAAAAAAAUAAAAAGGCAGAGGAAAAAACAAAGAAGGACAUCGCUCAGAAAAAGGUUGCUGAACAGAAAACCAAAGUGCCAGACUCCACUAAGACCAGUCCCCCGCUGGUCCAGUCCCUGUCCAUCCCCAGCAGCAGCAGCAGCAGCAGUAGCAGUAGUAAUGGCAGCCACAGCCCCUGCAGCCCACAGCAGCUCCAGCCCCCGCAGUGUGUCCCCCGUUUCCCCCCCAGAGAGGUUCCUCCACGCUUCAGGCAUCACGAGCACAAACAGCUGCUGAAGAGGGGUCAACCACUGCCCACCAGCUCAGCCUGUGCACCAACAACACCACCAAACACUCACACCAACGACCGCCUCACAGUGCUGCCCCUUCAGAGCGACCAGGGAGCCCAGCAUGAGAAUUCCCUUUGGGGCGUCCCAACCAGCAGCAGCAGCAGCAGCACCUGUUGGGAUCAAGUGAUUAUUGACGAUAAAGACACUGACACUUGGCCUUCCAUUUUUCAAAGCAACAGCCAGUCAUUAGAAUGUACUUUGGACGCUGACACAUCGAAGGUUGUCAGUAGCAGCAUGAGUAUGGCUACAGGAGCUAGCCAACACAGUCACUACCCAAUCAGCAAAGCCAGCAUUAAUCAUCCUUCAAGUAUGGUCUCCAGUCAGGGUGGAGCUAACAGAGGAUGGCCCUCUGAGGGAAAGACUGAUUUAUCCAUGGGCAGCAGGACCCAGUCCAGUUGGGGUCCCUCUAAUCUAAACCUAAACCCCAGCGCUAACCCGGCUGCCUGGCCUGUGCUCGGACAUGAAGCCCCAGUGAUGGGGUCCGGGCCAGGUGGUAUGGGUGGGUCAAGUUCACUCCCUCCCACAAUGUGUGGCCCAGGAGGCAUUGCACCUGUUCAUGGCCCCAGUGGAAAUGGCAACAAUGGAUGUGCCAAUGGAAGCCUUGUAGGGGACUGUGCUUGGGGGAACCCGGACACUCCAGAGCAGCACCAAUCUCCGACAAGUAUGUCUUUCAGCAUGGAGCCACCUAAGCUUAAAACUGAUGGAAACACUAAGACUGAGCCAAUGAGCCCUGUGAACAGUUGGGGAGGAACCCUGAGUCAGUCUCCUACUAAUCAAACUGGUGGAGAUGGGACUUCCGUCUGGGAAAAUGGAGAUGGCAAAGGUGGAGAAUCCAAAGAGUCCGGCUGGGAUUCUGGUGGUGUUUCAUCUUGGGGUCGUGGAGGUGGAAGCGCAAACGCAAGUUGGGGCGACUGGAACAAACAAUCAAGCGCUGAAGGUACAGGGUGGGAUACCAACAAUGGACCCACUCAAGAGCCAAUGAGUUCCUGGGGCACUGAUGCUCCAGCCAGCGAGGGCAGCAGGGACAGCAGCGAGGGAAGAAGAAGAGAAAGAUCCUCCAGCAUGGAAUUUCCACUUCUGCCAAGGCAGGACCUAGACCCUCGUGUGCUCUGCAACUCCGGUUGGGGACAAACACCAGUUCGUCAGCACACAGUGUGGGAAAUGGAAGAAAAUACGGACAUGAAAGAUGAAGGAGGCUCUGAAACCUGGGGUUCGUCCUCUAACACAACUUCAACUGGAUCUGGACCUCCUCCUCCUCCUGCUUCAGGAUGUGUCAAUCCCAACAUAAAUGCUCCACCUAGGAUGGACUCUGGAAGCAAGAAUGCUCCAGAGCCUUCUCGAGGUAUGCCUAGCUCAGGCUGGGGAGCGCCACUCCCACCCACCACUCAGCCGAGCAAUGGAUGGGGUGAACCACCUGCUAAUAAGAAGGUGUCCAAUGGAUCCGUCGGUAGUUGGGGUGAGCCAAUGCCCCAGGAUGGCCCCAGCACCAACGGCUCUAGUGGUCAGUCUUGGGGUUCAGAGGAAAAGUCCCCCAGCUGGGAAGAUGGUCCUCAAACCAAAUCACAAGGCUGGGGAGACGGACCUGGUGCUUCCUCAGGCUGGGGAAGUAAUGGAAAUGGUGGAGAGUGGGGAGAGCCUUCAGAGGGGAGAAAGAAUGGCUCUGGUAACUCUUCUUGGGAUGGAGAUGGAGGAAACUGGAAGGAACCUCAGAGGGGCUGGGGCAAAGCACCUCCAGCAUCAAGCGGAGGUUGGGGAGACUCCCAGCGCUCCAAUGCUCCCGUGCAGGGUUGGGGUGGCAAACAGCAAGAAUCUAACAGUGGCAGCAAUGGCCCUGGAAGUAUGGGUUCCUGGGGUGCAAAACCCCCUGUGAAGCAAGCGAGUUCUAGCUGGGGGUCUCCAGGAAGGCAGGACACAGGAGAUGAUGUGACCGGCUGGGAGGAGCCUUCUCCUUCCUCAAUCCGCCGCAAGAUGGAAAUUGAUGAUGGAACCUCCACCUGGGGAGAUCCUAAAGCAUACAGAACGUGCAUCAACAUGUGGGACAGGAAUAAUCCUAGUUCCCAUCCUGGUAAUGAAGGCAACGGCAACAGCCGCAGCAACAACCAUACAGCGCCCAGCAACAACAAUCACAAUCACCCUCACCACAACCAGGGUCCUACACAGAAUCACUCCAAUGGUGGCAACAACAACGGCUCACCUAACCAGCCUAACAACAGAAUGCCAAUAGUGAACCCAGGAUGGGGCGAGUUGCCCAAUGUGCAGACCAAGCCUGAGUCCUCGUCUUGGGGGGAGCCUCCUUCCUCCGGCCCUCCAGUGGAUAAUGGUACUGCCGCCUGGGGGAAACCAUCCCGAGGAUCCGGGGGCUGGGGAGAGAACUGCCACGAGUCCACCGGACCUUACAGCAGGGGCAGCGCACCCUCUGGCCCAGGGCCGUGCAAACCAGCCCCCAAAUCUAUGCAAGACAGCUGGGGGUCCGGAGGGGAGGAUAUGGGCAUGAACAGCAGCCAGUGGGACACUGAGGAUGGGGACAUGUGGACUAGCCCCACCUCCCAGGAUAGCGGCUCGUCCUGCAAUUCCUGGAAUCAGUCCAAGAAGGGCCUACAGAAGGGGAAAGUAUCCACCAAGCAGGAUGAAGCCUGGAUAAUGAAUCGUCUUAUCAAACAGCUGACGGAUAUGGGAUUUCCUAGGGACCCUGCAGAGGAGGCACUGAGAAGUAACAACAUGAAUCUAGACCAGGCUAUGAGCGCUCUGCUGGAGAAGAAAAGCGAAGGGGACAAGCGGGGGAUGAGUAUGGCUGAUUACAGCAGUGGCAUGAAUAAGCCCCUGGUGUGCCGUCCUCCGAGCCUGUCCAAAGACCCCUCUCUGGACCGACCUCCCUUCCUGGACAAGGAUGGCGGGUUGUCAGAUGACACACCCUCCUCACCGUUCCUGCCUUCUCCUGGCCUCAAGCUCCCACUGACCAAUAACAGCCUUCCCAGCCAUGGACUGGGUGGGGUCUCCCCAGGACUGGCCAUGCAAAACUUGAACAACAGACAGAUGAAUGGAAUGUUUGGCAGUAACGGAGCAGCACAAGCUCGGGCUCUGCAGCAGCAGGCUCCGCCCCCUCAGCCGCCAGUGCCGCCUCUUAGCUCCGCCCAGCCUAAUCUGCGCGCUCAAGUGCCUCAGUUUCUCUCCCCUCAGGUUCAAGCACAGCUCUUGCAGUUUGCAGCAAAAAACAUUGGUCUGAACCCUGCACUUUUAACCUCACCAAUAAAUCCUCAACAAAUGACCCUGCUGUACCAGCUCCAACAGCUACAGAUGGCGUACCAACGUUUGCAGAUUCAGCAGCAGAUGAUGCAGGCUCAGCGAAAUGUUUCUGGUCCCAUCAGACAACAGGAGCAGCAAGUUGCACGCACAAUCAAUAACAUGCAGCAGCAGAUCCAGCAGCACCAGAGGCAGCUGGCCCAAGCCCUGCUGAUGAAGCAGCAACAAGCCCCCCCAGGCCCCUCCCACAGUGGCCUGCACCCCAGCCUCGGCAAACCAAACCUGGACGUCUUCCCAGGAAACCCUCAGUCUUCAGGCCUGUCCAUCUCUGACCUGCAGACCAAAGAACAGCAGAGUUCUCCCAGCUCCUUCAGCUCCUACCCACUCUCUGGUCUGAAUGGUAACGUGGGUGUAGGCUGUAUGGACGUAGGCGGUUUGGCACUGAAGGACGCUUCACCCCAGCCCCAGUCUCGUCUGUCCCAGUGGACUCACGCCAGCAGUAUGGAUUCUCUGACCACCUCCACACCUCACAUGGAGACCAGCCUCAGCAAGCAUGGUCCUGCAGCCUCCGCCCAUGUGACCGACAAUAAGCCCACAAUGGAAGACUCUUUCAGCCCAUACAACCUUCUGUCCAGUUCACAGUCUCCCAGCAGCCCCCUGGUGACGCCAGAGAGCUGGGCACAGAGCAAGAACCCCAACGAGAAAAUGUCAAACGGCACGAACAUCAGCUGGCCACCGGAGUUUUGUCCAGGAGUCCCAUGGAAAGGUCUACAGAACAUUGACCCAGAGGCAGACCCGAACAUGACACCCGGAAGUGUUUCUGGAGGCCCCACCAUCAACACCAACAUUCAGGAUGUCAAUCGCUACCUGCUGCGAGACAGGAAUGGAGGUAAACUUUUGGAUAUGAAGUCCACCUGGUCUGCUGGUCCAAUUUCACACACACAGGCCUCGAUGUCCCACGACCUUUGGAAGGUUGCUCCAGGAGCUCGAACCUCCGCGGCACCAUCUCGCCCUCCGCCGGGCCUCACCAACACCAAAUCCUCUCAGAGCUGGGCUUCCGGGUCACUAGGCCUCGGCCAGGGCUGGAGCAGCUCCUACACUUCAGAGGGCACUGCUUGGAGCUCAGACAGCUCCAACAGGACCAGCAGCUGGCUUGUUCUUCGCAACCUGACCCCUCAGAUUGAUGGGUCCACUCUGAGGACACUUUGUAUGCAGCACGGUCCUCUCAUCACUUUCCACCUCAGCCUGCCGCAGGGGAACGCGCUGGUGCGCUACAGCUCCAAAGAGGAAGCAGCCAAGGCGCAGAAAUCCCUGCACAUGUGCGUUCUGGGUAACACUACCAUCCUGGCAGAAUUUGCUGGAGAGGAGGAAGUAACUCGUUUCUUCGCCCAGGGUCAGACCCACCCAACCAACAACAGCUGGCAGGGCAACGCCGCCCCUGGAUCCAAUCAGCAGCGCAUGGGAAACCACUGGACCAGCGGAGGCACAGCAGGCACCAAGACGUCCAACAACCCAGGCACUGGAGGAGGCGGAAACGGACCAGAGAUGCUGUGGGGAGGCGUUCAACAGUACUCAAGUUUAUGGGGUCCCGCAAAUGGAGAGGAGACCAGGGUCAUGGGAAGCCCAAUCCCAAUCAACACACUGCUGCCUGGAGAUCUACUGAGUGGAGAGAACAUGUAGGGGCAGUGGUCCAGCACCAAAAACAAGAAGAAAGAGGAAGGUACAAGGAUAAAAAAAAAAAAAGUAAAUCACAAAACAGCGCAAAAAAGAGACAAACAAAUAAGCAAAUCAGUGUGAUGAUAAUCGCUUUCUUUCUACAGAGCUGAAAAAAAAGCCCUGUAGGUUUUGGGGUAAGACUGGAACGCUUACCUCUACCUCUGCUGAUCGCGUCAUCUUUCAGAAACUGGAGACGUUCAGCAUGUCAAAGCAUCUUUUAUUGUUUGUAGACUCACAAAAGCAAGAAUCAACAGAAACGUAAGCCUUCGAUAAUUUUUAUGAUUUUAUGAGUUUUCCCAAAAAAGUAUUUUUUUUUCUUUUUAGUUCAGGAGAAGCAGAGGAAAGGCAGCCAUUUUUAAACCAAGCCCAGAAACAGAGAAACCUCACAUGGCCCUACAGCCUUCCUGACCGAGAUGCUGGGGAAAAGCUCCUGCUAACUUCUUACGUAUUUCGACAUUUGUGUGGUUUCUUCAGAACUUCUAUUAGCCUUAAGUGCUCGUGCUCUUUUCUCUCUCGCUGUCUCUCUCUUUCUGUAGGUCAUUCUUAAGUGUUUUUUUUUUCCCACAAAAAACAACUAAAGAAAUUUGAAACUUGCACACUUCUGUUUCUGAGCCAGCGAUUGGACCAGAGCAAGCGAAAAAAACAACAACAAAGGAAACAAAAACACAUCAUCACCCAGCAGUAUGUGGCCUGUUGCUAGACCAAUCAGCCGAGAGCUUAUGCAUUGAAUUCAGUAGAUAUACAAAAGGGAGGUACACUGAACUAACUGUCUGUAUAUCCAGGAUGUGCGUGAGCAUGUGUUUUAAUGUUGAAAAUAAGCUGAACAUCGUCAAAGGCUGUCUUGAGUGUGAAUGUUGUGAGUGUGUGUGUGCGCGUGCGUAUGUAUGUAUGAGUGUUCGCCUAUAGAAACUUGACCAAGCAUCUGUUUGUGAACUCACAAGCCACUGUUUCAAAGACCCUUGAUGGAAGUAUUUCCUUACCGACUGGAUUUCAAUGCUGAAUCAAUCAGAACUAACUCACUUAAUCCUAUCUUUACAUGGUUGGAGACGUUUCUGGAGAAAGAAAAAAAAAAUUAAGUGAUGCAUUGUGCAAUAUAAGCAUCCACUGCUAUCUUCCAUCCACACUGAAGCAAAACUAAAUACUUUUUUUUUCCUUUACUGAUAAGUUUUUAAUCUUUUUACUGAACCGUGUCGUGUUGGAGACUUGUCAAACUACAAAGACUUUACUUACAGACUUUUUCAUCCACCUGGUCUCUGUCUCUUUGGCCAGCAACUGUGUUCUUGGACUCGUGCUUUGGUGUUCUGCUGGCACGCUUUUCCACACUAAAUGGAGAGGUAAACACAGUGCGGAGCAGAGAAUCGGAUUUCAGGCACAACACCAAAAUGAGAGAGGUUUUCUCCUAAUGCAGUAAAGAAAAAGGGAUCCUUGCAUUUUUUUCUAACAUGUCAAGGGGGAUUAAUAAUUAAUAAAGCACUUAUGAACAGACUCAUGCUCCACCUGCAAUGCCAAUUAACUAGACUAUGGAGCAAAUCUAUAAAAAAAAAAAAGAAAAAAAAAUACAAAAAAGCAAAGAAAAGACUUUUUCGUACCUUAGUGGUAUUAAAAAAAUGCUCCUUUGUUUGCGCUCCCUCGUCGACCCCAGAGGGACAUGAAUGGACUAAAAACUGUGGGGGUCAGACUGAAGGGGAACACAAGACUGAAUCUACAAUCAGACGAAACCUGCAGUAUGACUUUACACUCUUUCUCCUCCUUUUAUUUUUAUUUUUGGACUAUAUCAAAAGUGAAUGUCACUGUUACUCCAAACUUAUUCAUGGCCUUUUUGCUGUGUCUGUAUGAGACACCAGACAUGGAUUGUUAUCUGGACGGUGUGGAACCCGAGAAAUACAACAAAAAAAAAAAAAAACUAAACAAAAAGCAGCCCCUUUCAUCGAGAGCAAUGAUGUGAUGGAAGCUGCUAGACCUCAAGGGAGGAAAAACCUGAAUGCUCGCUAUCACUCGUUCCUCUCCUCCCGAUCUCAGAAUGUCUAUAUCUUCUGUCGCUGUGCUCCUAGCCACACGGUCAAAGCCAAAAUGAACUGGUGAUGACUCCUCAUCUCUCGAACUCAUCGCUGCCCUCUUUCCCUCUAUCUGAUUAACGCACCUUUAGCAAGAAGCUGAGACAGUCUGACCUCUGGAAUCGCCAGUGUUGGUGUUUGUGUGAAUUAUUUUGAAUGUUUUCUUUUUUUUUCUUUCCCUUUUUUCCACGUACUGUACGAUGUUAUGUUGGUCUUCAUGCAGUGGGUUUUCACUGGCACCAAAAGCCCUUCAGUGUUGAUAUGCAGAAACACUUUAACGUGGUGCCGCUGUAGGCCUGUCCUGUGAAAUGCAAACGAGAAACAAUGCUUAUAGGCCAUAUUUAGUGUUCUUAUUCUGUGUUAGAGUUUUGUUUAUAAGUUUGUGUGUGUAAACAGUGUUUCCUAAGAUUCUGCUUAAAAUGUGUAGAACGUGCACUGGGAAGAAAUGAGGUCUUGGCAAGGGAAAUCCUAUUAAAUCUGUUCAUUUUAAUUGAUAAAGGAAAUUGAAUGAUCUACCAGAAAUAUUACUUGCACAGUUCAGCCAUUACAUUAAAACAGCUUGCUUAAUAAUGUGUAGGCUCGCUGUAAUAUCAGGCACUUGAGGAAUUUGUGAGUAGUGGUUUCCCAUGAUUCUGUCGUCAUCUGUCCUCCCUCACAGCGCUGAGGUACUGACCGGUGUACACUGAUGCUACAGAUGUUCUGACCCAGUCAGCUAGCCAUCACUUCAACAGCUGACUGUUCACACUGUCUCUGGUUUUAAUGUUAUUUUGAACAAUUAUUUAAGUGGGAUAAAAACAUAUUGGAAAAGCAUGAAUAAUCGUACAACAUUCAUGCAACCAUUUAGUCUUAAAAACUAUAGCACACGACCUACAGUUAAGGUCCUCACCUUUGCCAAGAUGUCAUUCUUUGCAGUGCGGAUUCGCACGACCCUAUCUCUUAAACAGCUGCUAGGAUCCUUCUCCUUUUCGGUUAUCCCUCUCUCUGUACAGCCUCCGUUGCCGUCCACCCGUUAGCCAGAGUGCUCCCUGUUCCGUUAGGAAGAGCGCCCCCUUCCUGUUAAUAAAAGAGCAGCUCUUACUUGAAAAGCCCGCUCUCUGAGGGAACGGGUCCUUUUAGCUGCUGGCUUACUCUCCAACCAGCACAUCGUUACGUUACUAUGCAAAGUAGGAAAAUACGGGCACAUCGAUGAGGUGGUCGGUGGCCCUUUACGACAUUAGUGCCAAUUGUGACUCCAGAGGUUGGGCUCCACCCCCCACAAAAACCCUCAGGCCUCCAGCAUGUAUACAUGUGACUAUUGUCUCUGAAUGCUACAAGAUCACAUUUUAGGUUCCAACCUAAAGUAGUGUUUGGAGGAAUGUGUCAUUUCAGCACUCUUUCAGGGCGUAAAACAAAAAGAACUAAAUUUAUUGUAAUGGUUUCGAGCUUAUUCUUAUUGUUAGCGCAUUUAUGGCCUAGGGUAUAUCUAAUGUUAAGAGAAAUAUUAGAUAAUAUUACAUUUGUUGCAGAAGCUACAAGUAGACUUGCCAGUGGCGAGCCUCCUUCAUUCUCCCUGCAGGGGGCUCAGCGGCACCUGCAGCUUCUGCAGAUUUAAAUAGCCUAUUUCGAGUGGGACCUUCUGAACCACGUGCUGCUGAUUGCAUAUAAUAUUCUCUAUGGUCUCGUGUGCCAAUAUAACGAAAAGGCAUAGGGGUGUAUUUUGGCUGCAGGUUUUUAGAAUUUUGUUUACUUCUUGUUACAUGAAUGACUUCAUUACUACCAGUAUGGAGGCGCACUGGCGUUUCUUGUGCGUUCGAGGCUGGAUGGGUCUCGAAGAGGCUGGGGAAAUGCACCUAUUAUUACUGAAACACCUCAUUUGCAUCACUGAGAUAAUCCUUUUGCUGUCCUAUUACAGAGCGAGAUGUUUUGGUGCAUUGGGAAUAUGCUAAUGGUGCACAGGUUGUGGCUAAUCCCUGGUACUUUUUUUUAAAUACCAAAAAAAAUUAAAUCACAUUUUAAAAUGUUUUUAUAUAUAUAUAAGUAUAUAUAAAAGUUGGAUCCUUAAUGUAAAUGAUGUAAGGGGUAAAAAAAAAAAAAAAAACAAUGUUUAAAAAACUGCACUUGCUGAUUUUCUCCUGUUUUGCAGACGUGUCCUGUUCUUCAUUCUAAAAGUUGACUGCAUGCAGGAGUGCCUUUUUCUGUAUGCUCUUUUAAGUGUGUGUUUGUUAACCUGGGCCCAUUGAACUGUGCAUUUCCACUUGCCCUAGCAGUGAAGGGCCCUUCAGUAUCAGCUGUGUUCUCUCCACCUGAGGGAAAUCAUUUUAACAGGUACAAUGACAUGUCUUAAGCUGACAAAGGCCGUUUUCUCUUAGCGCUCUUGGACUCCGACGGGGUCUGACGCGAAAUCACUGUUGCCUGGGUGUGAAACUGCCUUUUUUUCUGAACUCAGCCAGAAACUACAAACAGACUACGUAAAGCCUGUCCAAACCCCAGGAAGCAUUCUAAUGACACCAGCAUAGAUAACGCUACAAUACUACAGCUUCAUGUCAUGUAGCUCAUUACCGUAGACCAAAUUAAUCUACAGUCAUCCAAAUUUCUCUCCCUUUUUAAGACCAACUGGGCAGAACACAAGUUUAAAUGAGCAAUAUUUGCGUUUGACCCUACAGGAUACUUGAUCAUUCAAAGAAAAAAAAUAAAAUAAAUAAGAAGCUUGUCUUGUAUUUGCACGGGUGGGUUUUCCUCUCCAAGAAAGAUGUAAUUCCUCUUUUGAUCGCUGAAGCCCAUUAAGCUGUUUUUCAUCUCCAGACAAGAAAGUAAAAACAAACAUAUCAAAACAAAACAAGUUACUACACCAAUACUUGAAUCAAAGAUCGCCAAUAACGCAAUGUGAAUUUUAUUUUUUCCAAUCAUUGUUUUGGUGUGGCUUGUACACUUUUACGGUAUUUCGAAAAUUAGCAUUAAUCACACAAAGAUGAUGUCAUGACUUUUAAUUUGAUUUGUUUUUGAUUUGUUUUUGUAUGUUAGUGGGUGUUCAGACCGUGUUCCUGGUUUUGGUGAUGCACCUGCACUUGUGUUCCAUUCAGUAUGUUGUACUGUUGUGUUUUCUUUAUUUCUUUUUCUUUUUAAGCUUGUUCUAAGCAAUGUUCUGGUUGUUAUUGUAAUUCAACGUUGCACUGAGUGUCUUCUCUUCCCUCACUCAGCAAAUCAAAAGAAAAAAAAAAUAUACAAAAAGGUGACGAGGGGAGACAAUUCAUGUGUUAAAGUUUACUCAAGGACUUGAUACGAUUCUGUUUGUUCGUUUUAUCUGUAAAAUGUUUAAAAACCUGUAAAAUGUUUAUCUACCUUUAUAGUGGCUUUCAUUGUUAAAUAACUAGCGAGAGUUUUGCACCAUUUUGUUUUUAAUAUUAUGUAUAAAAGAACAAAAAAAAGAAAAAAACGUGGUGGAGAUAAGACAAAAAAAAAGCGAUAAACUGUGGCCAUAGUUAGAAAGGGUAUAGAGCUCCAUGUGUGAUAUGAUAUAUUCAUGCAUAAAACAGACAUUUGAGUGUGAGAUGAGUUUGUGACGGUGUGACUCAUUUCAGAGGUGCCUACCGUUUCCUUUUCUGUAAAGGUUUCCGUCUCCUUCCAAUCCACCUGCCGUUUACAAACGACCAACUUGUGUCUGCAAAAUGAAACGCAAAAGUAGUUUAGAGUGAGAAGAUUUGGGUUGGGGGGGUGGGGGAGGGACUAUGGACAAUUUCAACUUCCAUCGAAAGAGAGAGAGUGAGAAAACUAACUUUUCAAAUGAAGAUGUAAGCUAUUUUCUGAACUCUGGGACUGAUUCAGUGUUGUAUUGUAAUUGCUUUUGAAUUAAUCUAAUUUUUGUUGUUGACAGACUAUCUAUGCCUGUAUGUAUCAAUUUUAAGUUUCUGUUCUGUGAAAAACAUGAUUUGCUUGCUGUCCUGCACACUCACAAAUGGACUUGGCUAUUUUCUCAGGAAGACGAGAGGUCCACAGUUCCGAUUCUACUGUUUUCUAAUGUUUAUCAUGAGCAUAUAACAAGUUAAUGACAAAAAAAGAUAUUAAUGAAAAUCCAACUCUAAGCACUGAAGGAUAUGGAUUUCAGAAUAUCUUGCGUUUUAAUCCGUAGCAGAUAAACAUUUACCAAAUAAUAGGCAUGUACUGAACUCGCGCUGUUUUAUUUCUUGAGGUGGAGUGCUUUACAUUUGAAUAUCCAUACGUAUGCAUCGCUUUAUGUUUAAACAUCAUUUGUGUUAUGUGUGAAGGUAGUAAAGGACCUAUAAUUAUAUAGUAAGAAUUUGCCUGGCAUUUUCCUUUUAUGUUCUCAGUGGUCCUGUAAAGUGAUUGAGGAGCAGAUGCCUCGAUAAAAGCUGAAAGCUGGGUACCAACGACCCAGAAGUUCAGUUUCUACACACUUAAAAAAUAGGGGUUCCAAGCUGGAGCUGGAUGGAUCCUGAGAGGAACAUUUAUUUUCAUUGAGAAAAUUGAGAAAGCUUUGUAAAAUAAAAUGAAGUACUUAAUCAUUUGUUCAUGAGAUUGCUCCACUGAACAUUUUAAACACAGUUUUUUAUGAGUGUAGAACUGAAUGUGUUCUUGUGAUCUGGAUUCGAUAAGCCUGUGAGUAAGAGGGAGGAUUAAAGAGCAGGCAGAGGCAUACAAGUGAGCAAGAAUAGGGGUGUAAAUCUAUGCACAAACUGGAGUGAAGUCCAGACCUGAUGUGAGGAUAAAGAGUAGCAAGUAAGAGGAAGCAGAAGUGGUUCUUUACAAGAUGUCUGGGCUGAGCUUAGAUUAGAGUCUCCUCACGUAGGGAUUUUCUCCACUGACGAACUAAGCACUGUGGGCUUUCCUGGAAGAAUCUGAGACCUUCAGAGGUGUUUCUGAAAGGGAGCCUAAACUCUUAGAAAUUGAGAUUUGUUUUACUCUUGUGUCUUUUUGUUUGAACAUUAACACCAUGACUGUACUGGCAUUCGUAAAUGUUUAUGGCUUUUUAGUGCCCCAUUCCUCCAAUCUACAUGUAGAAUGUGAUUGUUUAUAACUUGCACCGAAGAUACAACCUUUCCAUGGGGUAUGACUAUUAUGAAGAUUCUUUCUGCCUAUAUCAAUAAACAGUCAUUUUUUGUCUCAA